AUGCUUCCUCCUCCGCGGGGGGCGCCCUGGGACCUCCUCCUCCGCGAGGGGCGCCCUGGGACCUCCUCCUCCGCGGGGGGCGCCCUGGGACCUCCUCCUCCGCGGGGGACGCCCUGGGACCUCCUCCUCCGCGGGGGGCGCCCUGGGACCUCCUCCUCCGCGAGGGGCGCCCUGGGACCUCCUCCUCCGCGGGGGGCGCCCUGGGACCUCCUCCUCCGCGGGGGACGCCCUGGGACCUCCUCCUCCGCGGGCCCUGGGACCUCCUCCUCCGCGGGGGACGCCCUGGGACCUCCUCCUCCGCGGGGGGCGCCCUGGGACCUCCUCCUCCGCGGGGGACGCCCUGGGACCUCCUCCUCCGCGGGGGGCGCCCUGGGACCUCCUCCUCCGCGGGGGGCGCUCUGGGACCUCCUCCUCCGCGGGGGGCGCCCUGGGACCUCCUCCUCCGCGGGGGGCGCCCUGGGACCUCCUCCUCCGGGACAGAUGCUGGAGCCGCUGCUGCUGCUUCACACAACUACGAAAAAUGUUUAA